UUGGGGAGCGGCGCGCGCCGGCUCCCUGCGCGGGGUGGGGCCGCCAGGACACCGACUCCCGCCCUCUCCCCAUGUCAACAAGCGGGGCGCGGGGCGCCUGCGCCGGGGGCUUGCGCGUCCCCCGCUCUCGUGCGCGGCGUUGGUCUCCCGAGCAGGGCCCGGGCUGUGGCCUAGCGGCGGCCGCACACCGAUCGCGGCGGCCCGCGGGCCCCGCCCGCCGGGGAGGAUGAUGGCCGAGGACUCGCCCAAGCGGCGCAAGGCCAAUUUCAACGAGGCGGAGACCGAGGUGCUGAUCGAGCAGGUGCUGAAGCACGAGCAGCUGCUGUUCGCGGCGGGGCCGGGCCGCGCCUCCCCGGGUCAGAAGCGGCGGGUGUGGGAGCUGAUCCGGCACAAGGUGAACCCGGUGGCCGCCUGCCCCCGCGACGUGGAGGAUCUCAAGAAGCGCUGGAGGGACUUGAAGCGGCGCGACCGCAGCAAGCUCUGCCGCCUCUCGCAGGGCUGCGGCCCCGCCGGCCACCCCGGCGGGCUCGGCCUGCUGCUGUGCACGGAGGAGAUGGCCCAGCCCGCCCCGCAGCCCGACCACCACCGCGCCUACGGCUCCGCGCUGGGCCCCGCCGAGGCCGUGCCUAUCGUGGGCGGCAUUGACACGCUGGACCUGCCCGGAGCCUCCGUGGUGGAUAUCGGGUUUACAGAUGAUCCUGGUCCAUCCCACCAACCCUGUCUUGAGAAGAUGAAUUUAAAAGAGGAAAUAGUAGUGAAGGUAGUGGAGCCGGAAGAAAGUUCUGAGGACAUGGCUGUGGUUCCACCUAGCCAGGAGCAACUGCCCUUUCUGGGAACAGCUGGGGGUGGCUUGUCUGGGAAAGUAAAAGCCAAAACAAAAGGCCGGUCUCAGACAGACCAAAAUGAAAUUACUGAAGAGGACCUAAUGCAGAUCCAGCAGAACCAGAUGCAGGUGAUCCAGUCUGGCUUUGACAGUGUCAACCACAACCUUCGGCUGCUGCAGCAAGGCAUGCAAGAUCUCAGCAACAGCCUCAGUAUUAUGGCACACACACUGGUGGCUAUCAAAAAUGUUUAUGUGAAAAACAACACUGGCCCAACCACCUAUGCCACCACCUCUACUCAGACCACAGCAGGGUACCUGAGUCCUGGGUCUCCCCAGGUCUCCCCAGCUGAGGACAGAGGCAGAGCACAGGUGGCUGGAAGCAGCAGCAGAAGCAGCAGCUGCAGUUCCAGCUCUAUGUCUCAAGAACCAGGCCCUUCGGAAUUUCCUAGACCACCCCUGAGAACCAUUAAGAAAGAACAUCCAAAUGGCUGCUACUAUUUCUGUUUUGCAGAUGUGUAAAACUUGAAUAUGUGUAAAGUGACUGAUGUUAGAGGUGCUGUUGUAUGCGCUGCUCCACCCUGUGACUAUAAUGGAGCAAACUGGACGUGCCUCCUGCUCUUUUUUCCCCAGUGGGGAAAGUUUCACAUUAGGUGGUAUUUGACACUAACUACCAAUCUCCCAUGUGUUAACACUAACUGUUGCAGUUGGUUAAUGUCUCUCUUCGGUUUUUCUUCACCGUCUUCUUUCAAAAAAAAAAUCAAAUUUAUUUUGACUAAGACUCUUGUCUGUAUCCUCUUUGGGUUAAUGUGAUUUUUUUUUUUUAACAUAAAAGGCAUGAUGGAGUGGGGUGCAAAGGUAAUGUUACAGUUAUUGAAUAACCGAAGCAGAAUCUGUUAGUUACACAAGUUGUGUAUUUUUUUUAAACCCAACUGCAAAAAUAGUUGACUUUAUUUAGUAUCUGCUAUUUUUAUUGUAUUUUAAAAAAGACUUUUAAAAAAAAUCUGGGCUGUGCAAGGUAUCCCCAGGGUUUGGCAACUUUACCUCUUGGGGAGAUGGGAUAGAACUAGGCCACAGAGCUGCUGAUCCAUGAAUGUGCUGCUCAGAUUUCAUCCAGCAUUGAUCUGUCUGGUCCCUGUUCAUUUCCAGCUCUUCAGAUGCACCUUCCCUGCAGAAGCAUUUUGCUUACCUGCAAUGAAAGUGGAGUCUAUUCGUCACAUAAGUAUUUAAAAAGAGAAAUACAGCAAAAAAAAAUUCAUUUCUGGUGAGUGAUGCCUGCUCUCAAUAUGGAACAGUCUUUGCUGGUAUAGCUUAGCACCAGGUUCUGUCUUCAACAGAGCCAGCAUGCUUUCUGGGGACAAAUGUCACAUUGUUUGAAAGAGGUAAAAAAGAAACCCAUGUUCUAUAUUGUCCAGAACUGACAGUAGACUUGCUACUCAAAGUAUAAUAGUUAGGGUUUGGUUAGGCUGGGGUAGAGCAAGUGCUCUCUCCUGGCUCUUGAAAGAAUUCCAUUGGCUGGGCCUCUGUUUGGGUGGUAGUGGUAGAAGAUCUUCCAUUUCCUUAUCAUUAUUUAUAUCAUAGCACUUAGGAACCCCAGUCAUGGAUCAGGACCACAUUGUGCUAGGCACUGUACAAACAUAGAAGAAAAAGAUAGUUCCAUACUACAUCUUGGGGGCAAGGAGAGUUUGAGGAGAAAACAAUUCCUAAAUGCCAGCCCAGGAGCAAAUAAGAGCCAAGAAUAGAAAGAACAAAAGUCUGCUUUUUGCAUUAAUUUCUACAGAUGACAAUGCAUUUAGUUUGAAUAUCAAAAUAGGGGAAUUGCUAUUUAACAGCUCUUCUUAAAUAAUGGUGACUUGUACAUAUGCCUGCUCUGUACACAUACCCACAGAGUCCAGCUCCCCCUUUCAGUGCCAGCGGAGAAAGCAUGUGGCUCUGUUAAGUAAGAAGACAUCAUUUUUACAAUCAGUUGUGACAGUAGUACUGCACUUUAAGGAGAUACCUUUCUGUUAAUCCUGAGGAAAUGAUGAAGCCCUUUGCUUUAAGCUAUGAUAAAGCUGAGAUGAUAUCAACAGCUUCCAGCAGUUGGGAGUGGUGCAAGGAUUUUUCCUCAGGCUCCAAAAUAACAUCCCCUUAUUACAGCCUGUGAAACUGCUACCUCAAGGUGAGCAAAAUCUCAGUCGCAUAGCCUGUACAGAGUCCCCACAACCAGCAUUUGGGACUAGCUGUAUAGAAGAGGGCUUGAUCAUGUUGAGAGCUCUGUGAUUUUAGCUGGCAGCUCCUCAAGUAUUGCUGAAGAAUGAAUCUCAAACACAUUAUCCAGAUGACUGAAAAGAAACAUCUGAAAAAUUUAAAAUUGGCAAGAGCAUACAGUGUCAAAAUUAAAUAUUCCCACGGACAUUUUUUCCAGCUAAUAUUAUACAGAAUGGGGGGGGGGCACUUAACUAACCCUCUAUCCCCCACAAUAGUUACUGUUGGCAGUUACUUCGCUUUCUACAGCAGGAGGAAAGAAACCAAAGGUUGAGACAAGGAUGGACUGUUACCCUACACCAGCACAAAGACAUGUGCUACCUGCUGACGCCAUGGUUGAAGAGGUUUAGACUUUGGAGCUUGGGGGUGUUCUAUCAGUAUUAGAUGCUAGAAUCACAAAUGCAAAAGUAGGGUUCUUUUGUCAUCACCUUUGGAAACUAUUGCGUUACUUUCUCCAACUCAUUAGUUUCCCUUUACUUCUGAUGAAAAGAUUCCCUUUUAUUCUCCUUUAUAUUAACUUCAGUGCCUGUAUAUAUUUUUUUUUAAUCUGGCAGCUGCUGCCUAAUUAAAAGCAAACCUGCAGUAGUAA